UGCUGACGUCACUUCCGGCGCGGCGGGCACGCGGGGACGCCCCGGGCUCCCGGCGCCGCCGGUGCCGCCGCGCGCUGUCCCCGCCCGGAAGUGACGGAGCCGCCUCUCGCCGCGCGCAGCAUGGGCGGGCGUGACGUCAGCCCCAGCACAGCCCUGCGGCUGGCGCUGGCGGGGGCGUGGCACGUGGUGCGUGGGCGGAGCCUGGGCCAGUUCCCGCGGGUGCUGGGGCUGCUGGAGGCCGUGGGGCGGGCGGCCCCCGGCGCCGUCCGCUUCCGACAUGGCGCCCGCCUGCGCCUCGGCCUGCAGGCCGCCGUGGUGGUGCGGAUGCUGGAGGAGGCCCAGCCCGACGGGAAGAUCUUUGACGCCAUCGACUCCUUCUUCCCCGAGGGGGAGGCACCGGCCGCCGCCCACGGCCAGGCUACCCCCCGGGAGCUGGCGAUGGUGGGGGAGGCCCAGGAGAGCUUCCGCGAGCUGGUGCUGGGGCUGCUGGCGGACCGCGGGCGGCGGGAGGCCUACCUGCAGGGCCCGGCGGGGGAGGAAUACGGGGAGGCGUUCCUGCAGGCCCUCGAGCACCUCUUCUACGAGUACCUGCAGCGGCUGGAGAGCGCCCUGCCCCGCCCGGACCUGCGGCAGCUCCAUGAGGUGGUGUGGAGCCACGCCCCUCCCGGAUCCCACCCCAGUGACCUGCCAAUCCUGAGCCAGUACCUAGCAGACAUGGGCCACGCCCACUGCGGCCCUGUGCCCCGCCCCCUGACCAACACCCAGACGCCGGGGUCCGUCCGCUGCGAGCCGCCUGCCCCGCUAGGGCCCCGCCCAGGCUUCCACAGGCUCCGCCCUCUCCAGCCCCCACCCUUGGAAUUUGUCAAUGAUGUCAUCAGUGACUCGGAGAAUGACUGUUACCCGCGCAGAAAGGCCCGGGCCCGGGCCCUGCCCCUCCCCCGCUGUGCCCCGCCCCGCUCCGGCGAGGGGAGAAAGAGCCGGCGCGGGCACGAUGCUGAUCAAAGUGAAGACUCUGACGGGGAAGGAAAUCGAGAUCGACAUCGAGCCCACGGACAAGGUGGAGCGGAUCAAGGAGCGGGUGGAGGAAAAGGAGGGGAUCCCCCCGCAGCAGCAGCGCCUCAUCUACAGCGGCAAGCAGAUGAACGACGAGAAGACGGCGGCCGACUACAAGAUCCAGGGGGGCUCCGUCCUCCACCUGGUCCUCGCCCUGCGGGGGGGCGGGGCACCGCGGUGAGGGGGCGGGGCUUGCGCCGGACCCCACCCUUCUCCCUAAGCCCCACCCGGGAGCGGGCACGGGGGGCCCUCCCCCGCCCUCCUGGACGUGCCCCCCUCUGAGACUUGUAGCGCUCCCCUAUUUAAUAAAGCUUGUCGAUGAUGUCACGCGA